CUAACUCAUUCUUUUUUCUUUUUUUCUCAGCUCACUACCCUGGGAAAUCUUACACCUUCGAGCACCGUGUUUUUCUGCUGUGAUAUGCAGGAAAGGUUCCGACCAGCCAUCAAGUAUUUUGGGGAUAUUAUUAGUGUGGGACAAAGAUUGUUGCAAGGGGCCCGGAUUUUAGGAAUUCCGGUUAUUGUAACAGAGCAGUACCCCAAAGGUCUUGGAAGCACUGUUCAAGAAAUCGACUUAACGGGUGUGAAACUAGUGCUUCCAAAAACCAAGUUUUCCAUGGUGUUACCAGAGGUGGAAGCGGCGUUAGCAGAGAUUCCUGGAGUCAGAAGUGUUGUGUUAUUUGGAGUAGAAACUCACGUGUGCAUCCAACAAACGGCCCUGGAGCUCGUCGGCCGAGGUAUUGAGGUUCAUAUCGUUGCCGACGCCACCUCAUCGAGAAGCAUGAUGGACAGGAUGUUUGCUCUCGAGCGUCUUGCUCGAACUGGGAUCAUAGUGACGACCAGCGAGGCUGUUCUGCUACAGCUGGUGGCGGAUAAAGACCAUCCGAAGUUCAAGGAAGUCCAGAACCUGAUUAAGGCGAGUGCCCCAGAGUCGGGUCUGCUCUCCAAAGUCUAGGACAUUUGAAGGACUGGUGUGCCACUCACCAUCAGGGGCAGGGCUGUCACCCGACAAGCUCUUGUCUCUACUAGAAUUAAAAUGUUAAGUCAAA